GAACAAGAUGGCGUCGGGGCAAAGCAAAUUUUGUUUUUUCCAGCUUUUCAUCCACUGAUUUCAAUUAUACGAAAUGUAGCUGUACCCAAGCUUACUUUAAAGAACUUUUUAGAGAUAAAAGACAAUCAGCAUGGAGGAACUUCCCUUCUUUGUCUACGACCACGAAGCUUUGGUAGAGGAGGGGGAUGACCUAAUUGAUGCCAUCAUGUUCUACCAUCCAAAAGCUACACCACUGAACUCCCAGUGUGCGCUGUGUGGCCAGCUCAUGGGGAUGGUACGCUGCCUGGAGGUCAUCUCUGGUGCAGCGCCCUCUGUCUAUCACCUACAGAAGUGCAAGAUUGCAGUGAGGCACACAGGAAGAUUCACAUUGGCGUUAGGUGCCAGUGCCGACCUCCCCAAUGCCGCUGUGCUGAAACAAAUGGACAGCUUGUACAGAAUAUUUGCCUUCUACCAUGGCUCCUUGGAUGCAGUUUUCAAGAGAUGUGGAGAAGAAAAGCAGCCGUUCCUACUUGCCAUGGAGAGGAUAUGGGAGUGUUACCUGCCAUAUAUUAAACACUACAGCAGGGUGGUGCCUGCCAUGUUUGAUGUCAUUCCUUCUGUGCCUUUGCCAAAGUCUGCUGGUGUUCUCUUCCUGAGAGCUUCUCACAUCCUGCAGUCCUGCCAGAGGAAGCCAGGGGUCCUCGCUGGCUGUCUUCUGUAUGAUAAUAAGGUUUUGUGUACCCAACUUUCCCCAGAGCUGACAUCUAGACUUCUCCUUAUCAAGGCCAACCAGAGCAAUCAUCCAGCCAACGAGGUUGAAACAGACUUCAGUCUCCCGUUUGGAGUGCGAAUCCUGUCCGUGUACCUCACCAAGAAGGAGUCCCGCUCCUUCAGUAACCACUCUCAGAAACUCUUCCCUACCCGGCAGAGGCACACGGCCGUCUCUUCCUUCCAGUCCCCAGGGGGAGGGGGAAGGAGAGUAAACAGAACAGCCUCCGAGGAAAGCGCGCGGAGCUUGAGUCUCCGUGGAGUUGGAGACGGGCGCGAAUCCGACGGGCAGAUCUCCCGCGAGCAAAGCUUCAUAACCCCGCCGUUCCGUCUUACCGAUUCCUUCAUAGACAAGGAAGACAAGCAGUCAAGCACUACAAGCAAUGAGUCUUUGGUAGAAACAUUGAGCACUGAAACAGUUUUGAGUGCAGACAAAGGAACAGAUUCUGCGUUAAGUGGACCAUUACAGGCUGAUGGAGGUACAUCAAGUGCAAGUUCAAGAAGAGACUCAUCUCAGUCAGGAAACAGCGUCAAGAGCUGCGGUAACAUCGGAGCGUUGGACAGCUACGAAGGAGAGAUCUCCAUGUCCUCCACUGAACUUGCGGACGAAAGAGAACACGGCGGAAUCGACGAAGACAGCUCCGUGCUGGUUAUGAAAGUCGAGGAUCAUGACUUGCCGGUCGCACAACUUGGAAACGGUCGUAGCAACGACGCUCAGGUUAGGUCACCUGAUGUGCAGCUGCCUAAAGUGCUCCCAACAGAAGAAAUUCAAAGUUCUAGAAGUAGCAAGAAGGUAUUGUCUGAUGCUGAACAUGGCAGAGCAAAUAGUACGGAGGAAUCAGAACAACCUUCUGUUAGUCAGAAAAGAAGUGAAUCUCUAGGACUGGAAAAGGACAGUAACAGUUUAAAAGGCAAUACUGAGAAAAUGUCUGCCUCUGAAAGUGGACAUAUUGCUAGUAAAGAAGACAAGCCACAGGAACUCUUGCCAGACCAACCCCACUCAAGUCUUGAUGAUGUCAGCAAUACAGGUGCACAAGAACAGGAUGCUACCUCAGGGAAACCAACAGAUGUUUGUAGCGAAGAAUCUGAUUCGUUGAAAGCUUCACAUCUAGAAAAUUCCAACCAAGAUGGAUCCAAUCAGAAGUCUCAGUACAAUGACCAUUCCAAUGGAGUUACAGACAUUGCACCAAAAUUGGAGAAGUGUAAUUUAACAGAUUCAAAUGAAGUGCCUGAUGACAUUAUUCCAGUAGAUGAGAAUGAUGAUGAUUCUAAGAGAACUGAGGUAGUUUCAGAGCCUGUUCUUCUUCAGAAUGCAGGAGGCAUGGAUACAUCAAGUGAACACACAGAUACAGCAAAGAAUGAUGCAAACUCUUCUGUUGAAAACACAUCAGAAGAUCUCCAUGAAUCAGAAGAACUCUGUAUGGAAGGUCUUGAUGACGUUUCAAGGUUAAAGCAUGCAGUUUCUUCGCAACACACAGAUGCAAAUACUUCUCAAUCGUCCAAAAGCACCUAUGAAAGAAUCUGCAAUGGACGGCUAGAAGCUGGCGGCAUCGCAAGUCAGAAAACUCUGACGGAAACCGCGAACACGACAGCAACAAGUAACGACGAGGCCGCGUCAGAACUGAGAGAAACGGAAGUUACCCCCACCCUUCCUGAAUUGACCCCUGAAAAUCAAAAUGGCGGUGUUGUCAUGGAACAAGCUGCUUCAGAGGUCAUAGGGUCAAGUGAGUUCAAUGACCCCAGCAUUGUGGAUUCUCUCAAUACAAGUCAUACUUCUGUGCCAAAAUCUUCAAUUAGUGACCAACAAUUGACUUCUACUGUAACAGUAGAGGAUGAUUUGCAAGAAGGAUGUCAGGAUGCUUCAGAUACACUUGAAGGAGAAGACAAGGAUGCUGAAGACUUGAGAAGGAAGAAGACGUCUUGUGCAGACUCUAAACUGCCUGGUCUGUUGAAUGCUGGGUUGUACAUACAAGGCCAUUCACACAUGGUGUUGCUCAUGUUGAUCGAGAGGAACUGUCAAAAUGAUCUUCCUACGAUGCAAGGCCUGUGGAAGACAUCAGUGACACAGAUGGGUGACUUGGAGGGACAGCUGAAAGAGGUGGUCUUCUCAACCAACUCUGGGGCUGCAGAGGAGGGAUAUAACUUUCUUCACUUUGAUGGAUUUGACAGAUUGCUGAAAGGUAACCUACAGGAACCAGUGCUGGCACCUGACGUGCAGUUCUGUAACACGUCACAGUUCAUCCACCAGGAGUUCCAACAGUCCGACACGCUCAAUGAUGUCCUAGUCAGAAGCCAGUCUGCAGGCGUGUACGGGAGCCGAAGUCUGUCUCAGGAGACGUUCUUCCAGCUGCGAGGCCUGGGGAGGGGGGGUCAGCAGGGGGUACCCUCCCCGCAUGACCCCCUCUUCAACCUGGAGAACAGGGCACGGAAGAAACUCCUUAAGGACCAUCACAUCACUUUCUUCUAAUGCCUUAUUCUGCGCUCAUGUUAAUGUGUUAGACUUCUUAGGCCUAGAGGAAAAUGUUAUGUUUCCAGCUACGACCAUGAAAAAAUAAUGUCUGUACACAAAGUCAUGUAGGUUGGGUUUCUCUUUUUUCUUUUCUUUUACAUUUUGGCAAAAAUGAUCCAAGUACAGAUUAACACUGUAAAACUGAAAUCAUAUGUACAAGCAUAAGACAUUGAACAAAGAAGAAAAAAAUUACUACUAUACGCAUUCUUACAUCAAAUCAAAGCAUUAAACUGUUAAGUAGUGUGUGAAAUACCGGAAGCCUGUUUUGAGUUCCGUGACCAAUUUGUCAGAUGGAAAAUUGUGUGCCCUUUGCUAGCGGCCAACCAAAAAGAAAGCUAUACAUGCAGUACUUUUCCUAGGCUCGGUUGGGUAACAGUUAAAACAACAUUUUUUCCUAGGCCUUAUACAUGUAGAAGUUGUCAUAAAUAAUUAUGUAUUAAGUCGUGACACCAAUAAUUUGUUAACUUUGUUAAUUUAAAUUAGCAAUAUAGCCAGUUUCUCAUUUUUACUUGGAUGUAACAUAUCAAAGGGCAGAACAGAAUUUUACAGAUGCAAACGAAAGUCAUCAAGUUAAUCUCUUUUUGCUAUGUACAUAUUCGCCUUUUUGAUAAGUUAGCCAUUUUGUAUACCAACUAUAGACAGAUCUUAAUGUCUUCCCAAUGCUACUUUAUAAGCAGCAUUAGAAGAAUGAACAUGUUACAAUAGAUUAGAUCUUUUUCCAUUUGCCUGGAUGGAGGAAGAAGUAUGGUAGGUUGAAGCAAGUCACUAAGAUAUGUGAUUCAAUCCUUUGUCUGUGCAAGGAUUGUCUUUAAAUUAGUAUACAUCAUGGUUUGUACGUGUACUUUUGCCAACAUUCUACAAGCAUAAUCAUGAAAAGUUAAAUUUCCUAACCUUUUGUACAAAGUUUAUGUACAGUUUAUAUAACUUUGAAUCAUAGUACUUCUCUGUAUGCAGUUCUAAGAUGCAAUAACUGUACUAUAUUGUCAUGAUGCUUUUUAUAUUGCUGCUUUUCAUAUAUUUAAUGUGGAAUGUGACGCACACUCUGAUUUAAUAUGCACAUUAAUGUCAGCUAAAAGAUCAUGUUUUCGUCAACCUUCCUCCAUAAAGACUAAUUGAAGGAUAAGUGAGAUUAGUGCAACUAUAUUCUGUCUUGGUUAGGCCUAUGGAAAAGAGGUUUGCAUUUUAUGACCAAACGAUUUCCUUACAUAAUUGCAUUCUUAAAAACAUGUUGUAAAACUGUUUGCAUAUCAAUAUUGUGUUAUUCUCCUUCUUGGCUACCAGCAAGAAAUAAAUUACGAAGUUUAUGGCGGCAAUUAUUGUUAUGUGUAUUUAGAUAACUACUUAUGCUACGCAAGUUGUAAGUACUGUCUUUUUGGAUGAUUUUUAUGACGAGGUAUGAUUAAGUAUUUUAUGACUAAAAUUGCACCUGAGUGCCUGCCAGUGAGAGAUAGUGUACAACAGAGUACAUUAUAACCAGAUGCUUGCCAAUGUGUAGAAACAUUUCACGUUGUAAAAUUUUUACAAAGGUUUUACUGUAUAUCUGCUUUGCUUAAGCCAUACAUACAUGUGACCUGGGGUCAAUUUAUUUGUAUGCAAUAAAGGUACAUAUAAUAGUAUA